AUGAAAAUUAUACGUGAUUUAACGUAUAAUCGUGAUAAUACCGGAGCUCGUGAACAACAACGACGUUUUGUUAAUGAAAGAUUUGAACGUUCAAAUCUCAAUAUUGAUCGAUGUAUAAAGUCAUCAACAACAGAUUUAACAGAAUUAAUCAAAUAUUUCAGUGAUAUUUAUAAUUCUAUUGAACAAUCUAAAGCUCGAAUCAAUUCUGUACGUGAACGUUUAAAAGAGUGUAAAAAUUUGCUAUUAUUAAAGCGUCAAGAUAUACGAAAAUUGUGGCUAUUAACAUCAGAACAAAACGCUCUAGUUAAAAUAUAUAUGAAUAUUGACGAAUUGAAACACGUGCCAAUUCGAUUACAAUUUUAUUUAAAUAAAAAAUUAUAUUUACAUGCAGCUCUACUAUUACUAAGAGCAAAAGAACACAAUGAACUAAGAUUAAUUAAUGCACUAUCCAAUAUUGAUCUUCAAAUAAAAGAAGAACGUGUAUCAUUAGAACAAACAUUAAAAUUGGAACUUAUUGAUCAGCUGUAUAUAAAAUCUUGUCAUGAUAUCUUAGGCAAUAAGAAUACAGCAUCAGCAUCAAAAUUAAACGGUAAUCAUGAUAAUUCAGAUCAUGCAUACAUCUCGAAAAUUCGUGAAAAUUGUCUGUUACGCAAACAAUUUGAUCAUGAUUAUAAUCAAGGAAAAUUAACAUUUGAAAAUUCGACGAGUUUCAUUAUACCAGAUAAAUAUUUAUUAGUUGAUAUUAAAUAUUCAUCAGAAUUAUAUCUUGAAGUUCUUCUACAAUCAUCGGGCAUAUUACAGCGUUUAAAUGAUUCAAUUGAUUUUAUUCAAAAACAAUUACAUGGACAAUUACAUAAAAUUGUUAUCAAAACAACACAACAUAUUGUAGAUAACAAUUUUUUGAAUUUAUCAUCAACGAGUACGGCCACAUCUACAUCUCUAACAUUGAACAAUCCCGAUAAUUUAAGAGAUUUACUCGAAACAUGUUAUGAACAGUUUAAAUUAGUUGUGAAAUCGUUCGAAUAUGUUUUAGGAGUAUUGAGGUUAAUUAAUGAACAAAAUUCUCCUGUACAAAUACAACAAAAACAGUACUAUUUUAAUUUAAAAGCGCAAAAAAAAUACGAUUCAAAAAGUAUGACUUCAAAGCGUUAUUUAAUUGAGCAACAAGGAACUAUCCAUCAGCAGCAACAAUCAUUCUCUUCCCAAUCCAAUCAUCAACCAGUGCAAUUCGAAAUUCCGUGUCUAUUUUCAAUUGAAAUUGUUUGGGAAACCUUACAACUUGUUUUAAGUGAGGUAUUAAACGAAUAUAUCGAUUACAAUAACACUGUUGAAUUUCCACCACAACAAGAUUACUCACAUCAUCAUAGUCUUACUGAUUUUUCACCUUAUUUAACAAAAAAAUCUACACAACAACGACCACAGCAGCAAAAAUUAUUUGAGUUUCAGCAUUCCGCACAAGUCGUAUCAAUGACAAAUUAUUUUCAAGAACAAAAUCGUUUUUUACCUUCAAAACCAACAGUAGCGAUAACUACAAUGAUACCUACUGACCCAUUAUCAUCUGCUAACACGUCAACACCCGGCAUUUAUAAACAAUAUGUCUGUAAACCAAAUUAUCGAAAUAUAACAACUGUUCAUCAUGUAUUACAGCGAAUUAUUGAAGAUAUUGAUCAAAAUAUAAAAUUACAUUCAACGAAAAGAAUUCUAGAUAGAAAGCUCACAGAAUUCAUUCGUGAUCGUUUUAUUGGUCGUGUCAUCAAAGAUAUUCGAGAAUCAGCUCAAAUUGUUUCAACAUCAUCGUCCAAUACAAACAACGAUAAUAAUCGUCUUAUUAAAUUGAUUCCAUUAGUUUUACAGAAACAAUUACAUAUUCAUGUCCCAAUAUUACAGAGUACAUAUUUAAUUUAUAAAAGUUGUGAAGAAUUAUGUUCACUUGUAAAAUGUUUACCAACUUAUGCAGAUGACUUUUGUCAAGCUAUUAUCGAUUUAUUAUUUAAACAUCGAGAAUCGUGUCAAAAAUUAUUUACAUUCAUUGUUGAACGACCCGAUUACGUCAGUAACAAUACUAAUGGUAUAAUAGCACCAUUGUCUAUUUAUUCAAUGGAAUGGGUAAGAGAUGUGGAUAUAAAUCGUCAUUUACGAACACUGCCCGCAUUUGAUGCACUUAUUCGAAAUCGAACAAGAUCUUCAAAUAGCAUAUUAACAACAUCAGCAAAAAUAAAUUCUGAAAUAAAUGAAAAUAUUGAUAAUAUACGCUAUCGACAAAUGAAAGAAACUGAAACAUUAUUAAUUAACUUUAAUCGUCAUAAAAUGAAUUUAGAUGAUAUAUGUACAAAUUAUAAACAAAUUAAAUUAUUGGCAAAUUGUCAUGAAAGUUUAGAUUGGUUAUAUGAUAAAUUAUCCUAUUAUUUUGAUAUAUUAGAAAAAUGUUUAAAUGAUCCAACUUAUCUUGAUCAUUUAACACAACAAUCAGUAAAUAAUCAGUAUACAACAGUGAAUUCAAAUCCAAUUAUUUCAACUCUAAAUCGUCAAAAACAUGUUCAACAUAAAUAUAGUUUAUUAAAAUUAUCUCAUGCUAAUUUAGAAAUAUUUUCGAAUGCUAUGAAAACUAUUUUUACAUUAUCUUAUGAUAUGCUACUUGUACUAUACUUAGAAAUUCGUUUACAUUGUUUUUAUCAUUUAUCACUUUUAUUUCGUAAUCAUUCACAUUAUUCAUUAGCAAUUGAUACUGAUCCAGAUGAAAAUAUUCUUAAUUUAAAUCGUGAUUUAUCACGUUUACAAGAAACAUUAAUAUCAAGUUUAGGUGAUCAAAAAUUUCAAUAUUUAUUUCAAGGAUUAGGUUCUUUUUUGGCAACAAAUCUUAUUCGAUCAUCAAAACGUUUUAGACGUAUUAGUGAAACGGGUAUUACAAAAAUGUGUCGAAAUAUAUUUAGUAUUGAACAAACACUUACACAAAUUCGUACAAUAGGUGGUGGUGAUGCAGAAUUAAUGCGUGCACAUAGAUACUUUGAACUAUUAUAUUCGAAACCAGAUGAAAUUAUUGGAAUUCUUGAAGAAAAAGGACAAGAAUAUACGGAAACAGAUUAUAUUAAUUUGUUACAUUUAAAACAUCGAUCAUUUCCAGCCACAGAUUUUGAUCUUAAACAAUAUGAAAAUAUGAUAAAAAAAGCUCUACAUUCCGAAUCGUCUGUACAAAAACCCACUACUACAAAUAUUGUAAAUGGAAAAAGAUAA